AUGGCGCUCCCGAGAGCCUUUUCUUCUCUUCCUCGGGGGGCCCCCAAGGUCACCGCACUUUUGCUGCGCUCUGGGGGCCCCCUGGAGGGCCCCCAGCCUGUCUAUCAGGGCCUGCGUUCGUUUUGGGGGUCUUCAAAGUCCUCCCAAGCAUCUGUAGGGGCUCCGGGGGCCCCCCAGAGGCCCCCUGGGGCCCCUGGGGAGGCCCCCGGGGCCUUGGGGGACUCAGGGGGGCCCCCGCCAGCUGCAGGGCCCCCCCUGCAGCCAAAAGCUCGGGAAGAGCCAGCAGCAGCAGAGAGCUUGGGGGCCCCCUCAAGGGGGGCCCCGGGAGGGGCCCCAGAGGGGGCCCCAAGGGGGGCCCCUGGGAGGGCCUCAAGGGGGCCCCAAGAAACAGAAAAAGCUGCUUCUCAGGGGGCCCUCCAAAGGGCCCCCCAAAGGGCCCCUCAGAAGAGCCCCCAGGGGGGCCCCCCGGGGGCCCCCCUGAGGUGGCGGGGAUUGGGUCUGAGCUGUUUGGCUGCAGUCAAAAAUGCCUACGAGAAGUUCAGCAUUGUGCUGGCUGAGGGCCUCCCCAGCCAAAUUGGGGGAACUCCAGCUCAUUUAUAUGGCCCCCAGGGCCUCUGCGGGGACCCUACGGGGCCCCAAGCAGCAGCAGCAGCAGCAGCAGCAGCAGCAGCAGCAGCAGCAGCAAGAAGGAGCUCCGGCGCCUUCCUGGAAGCAGGGGACGCGGGGGCCCCCAUCGCACAGCAGAAGCAGCAGCGCCAGAUUCCCCAGCAGCCCUCUGGGGGGCCCCCCAAGGGGGCCCCGCAAGACCCUUCACACGGGGCCCCCGCGGGGGCCCCCCCGAAGGCCGCGCAGGGGGGCCCCCAGGGGGGCCCCCAAGGGGCCCCCCAGAAGGACCCCCAGGGGGCCCCCAAGGAGGCCCCCUCUUCCCAUUCGGAUAUCCCGCAAUUCUUUUUUCCCUUCGGAAGGGGCAUGAGGGCUGCAGCAGGACUUGUGGGUUCUGAGGGGCCCCCAAAGGCAGCAAAGGGCCCCUCAGAGGCCUCUGGGGGCCCCCCGGAGGGCCCCAGCAGCAGCAACUCUUAUAAGGCUGAGGCGGACCCUCUGGGGGCCCUUGAGGGGCCCCCCCCCUGGGGCACUUGGAAGCCCUGGGUCUCGCGCAUGCACUAA